UCUCUCUCUCUCGACAAAAAAGAGAGACCAUUUCAAGAAUUGGUGGGGAAAGAAUCAACCAGAGUGGAGGGGAGAGAGAAAUUUCAACACUUCACCAACCCAUCUUCCCCAACCACCAUGCUACCUUCUAAAAACCAACUCACUUUCAUGAACUCCUGGCCUGUUAUCCUCUCCCUCUCUCUCUAGCACAAAGAAGAGAGAAGUCAGCCUAUUUUUGAACUGAUACAGGAAAACAAAAGGAAGAUCAAGAUGGAGGGAGAGAAAGGAUGGGGUUCAAGACGGCAAGAGAGUCGCAAUGCGAGUAGGAGCAUGAGCAGAAGCCGUAGUAGGGCCAAUUGGAUCAUGGAAGAUGUGUUUGGUGGCGCAACAAGUUCCAGAAGGAGUAGUACUGCUACUGAAGACGAAGAAGCUUUAAGAUGGGCUGCUUUAGAGAAGUUACCAACGUACGAUCGGUUGCGAAAAACAGUCAUCAAAGACUUCAUAGAGAACGGUAACCAUGUGAAUAAUAAGGUUGUGCACAAGGAGGUUGAUGUGCGAAAGCUCGACAUGAAUGAUCGACAACAGUUCAUCGACAGGUUUUUCAAGGUUGCUGAGGAAGAUAAUGAGAAGUUCUUGACAAAGUUCAGAAGUCGAAUUGAUAAGGUUGGGAUCAGCCUUCCAACGGUGGAGGUUAGGUUUGAGCACUUAUCAGUGGAAGCUGAUUGCUACGUCGGUGACAGAGCUCUACCCACUCUACCAAAUGCUGCCAGAAAUAUGGUGGAGUCGGGUUUGGGUUGUGUUGGGAUCAAAUUGGCUCAAAGCACAAAACUCACAAUUCUUAAAGAUGCGUCUGGAAUUAUAAAACCAUCAAGGAUGACCCUUGUUUUGGGCCCACCGUCCUCUGGGAAAACAACUCUUCUGUUAGCUCUGGCGGGAAAGUUGGACCGUCGCUUGAAGACAAGAGGAGAAAUCACUUAUAAUGGUCAUCGUCUCGACGAAUUCGUGCCGCAGAAAACGUCGGCGUACAUUAGUCAGAAUGAUGUUCAUACCGGAGAAAUGACUGUAAAAGAAACCCUAGAUUUCUCGGCCAGGUGCCAAGGGGUUGGAUCUCGAUACGAACUCCUAACUGAGCUCGCGAGUAGGGAGAGAAGUGCCGGAAUUUUCCCUGAGUCCGAGGUCGAUCUUUUCAUGAAGGCAACGGCGGUGGAGGGAGCAGAGAGCAGUCUCAUUACGGACUACACUCUCAGGAUUUUAGGACUCGAUGUAUGCCGGGACACUAUUGUAGGGGAUGAAAUGCAACGAGGAAUAUCCGGAGGGCAAAAAAAGCGAGUAACAACAGGGGAGAUGAUUGUUGGGCCAACAAAAACGCUUUUUAUGGAUGAGAUAUCAACGGGCCUAGACAGCUCCACAACAUUUCAGAUCGUGAAGUGCUUGCAACAAAUCGUCCAUCUCACUGAGGCCACCAUUUUAAUGUCCCUACUCCAGCCUGCACCGGAGACAUUUGAUCUCUUCGACGAUAUUAUUCUGCUGUCAGAAGGCCAGAUUGUCUACCAAGGUCCACGUGAGCACGUCCUUGAGUUUUUUGAGACCUGUGGAUUUAAGUGUCCAGAGAGAAAGGGAACCGCCGAUUUCUUGCAAGAGGUUACUUCAAGGAAGGACCAAGAGCAAUACUGGGCAGACAGAAGCAGACCAUACAGAUACAUAUCAGUCAAUGAAUUUGCCAAGCUCUUCAAACGAUUUCAUGUAGGCUUGCGGCUGGAAAAUGAGCUCUCAGUCCCUUAUGACAAGGCCCGGAGCCAUAAAGCUGCUCUGGUCUUCAAAAAAUACUCAGUCUCAAAGAGAGAGCUUCUCAAAGCCAACUUUGACAAGGAAUGGAUGUUGAUUAAGAGAAAUUCUUUCGUCUAUGUUUUCAAGACCAUCCAAAUCAUCAUUGUGGCAAUAAUUGGUUCGACUGUGUUUAUAAGGAGUAGAAUGCAUACUAGGAAUGAAGAAGACGGAGCUCUCUAUAUUGGCGCACUUUUGUUCACCAUAGUCAUAAAUAUGUUCAAUGGGUUUGCUGAACUCUCACUUAUGAUACAGAGGCUUCCUGUAUUCUACAAGCAUAGAGACCUUCUCCUCCAUCCACCGUGGGCUUUCACCCUCCCUACUUUCCUUCUUCGAAUACCAAUAUCAGUGCUAGAGUCUAUUGUUUGGAUGGUCACGACAUAUUACACCGUGGGAUUUGCCCCUGAAGCUAGCAGGUUCUUCAAGCAACUAUUGCUCAUAUUUCUGAUACAACAAAUGGCUGCCGGGAUAUUUAGGCUCAUAGCUGGAGUCUGCAGGAACCAGAUUGUCUCAAACACUGGUGGAGCUCUCACUCUCCUCCUCGUGUUCCUUUUGGGUGGUUUCAUCCUUCCAAAAGGUUAUUUUCCAAAGUGGUGGGCGUGGGGUUACUGGGUUUCACCUUUGACCUAUGGAUACAAUGCGAUCACUGUAAAUGAGAUGUUUGCUCCAAGGUGGAUGAACAAAUUGGCUUCAGACAAUGUAACACCAUUAGGUGUAGCAGUGUUAAAGAACUUUGAUGUCUUCCCUGAAAAACGCUGGUUUUGGAUUGGUGCAGCGGCUCUUCUUGGGUUUGCAGUUCUCUUUAACAUUCUCUUCACACUCGCUCUAAUGUACUUAAACCCACUAGGAAAGCCACAAGCGAUAAUAUCCAAAGAGCAGGCAAGGGAGAUGGAAGAAGACCAUGAAGAAACUAAAGAAGCACCUAGACUAAGGACAACCAAGUCAAAGAGAAAAUCGUUCUCGCGAUCCUUAUCUGCUGCUGAUGGAAACAAUUCAAGAGAAAUGGCGCUUCAACGACUGAGUAGUAGAUCCAAUGCCAAUGGAUUUAGUAAAAGGGAAGAUUCAAGUCUUGAGGCAACAACUGGUGUUGCUCCAAAGAGAGGAAUGGUUCUUCCAUUCACUCCUCUUGCCAUGUCGUUCAACAGUGUAAAUUACUUUGUGGAUAUGCCCCCGGAAAUGAAGCAACAAGGAGUGACAGAGGACAAACUUCAGUUACUUCAGGAAGUAACUGGUGCAUUCAGGCCAGGAGUCCUGACUGCAUUGAUGGGAAUCAGCGGGGCUGGAAAAACGACAUUAAUGGAUGUUCUGGCAGGAAGAAAGACAGGUGGCUAUAUUGAAGGCGAUAUAAGAAUUUCUGGAUUUCCAAAGAUACAGGAAACCUUUGCUAGGAUCUCCGGAUACUGUGAACAAAAUGAUAUCCACUCGCCCCAAGUCACUGUCCGUGAAUCUUUAAUUUACUCAGCAUUCCUUCGACUCCCUAAAGAGAUUAGCAAGGAGGAAAAGAUUCUUUUUGUGGAUGAAGUGAUGGAUCUAGUUGAACUAGACAAUCUUAAGGAUGCAAUCGUGGGGCUUCCAGGAAUUACUGGUUUGUCCACAGAACAAAGAAAGAGAUUGACAAUAGCAGUUGAGCUUGUUGCCAAUCCCUCAAUCAUAUUCAUGGAUGAACCAACUUCUGGUCUUGAUGCAAGGGCAGCUGCCAUUGUCAUGAGGACGGUUAGAAACACAGUAGACACAGGGAGAACUGUUGUUUGCACAAUUCAUCAGCCUAGCAUAGAUAUCUUUGAAGCGUUUGAUGAGCUGCUUCUGUUGAAAAGAGGAGGACAAGUAAUCUACGCAGGACCAUUGGGCCGGAAUUCUCACAAAGUCGUUGAAUAUUUUGAGGCAAUUCCUGAAGUCUCAAAAAUUAAAGAAAAAUAUAAUCCAGCAACAUGGAUGCUAGAAGUGAGCUCAGUUGCAGCAGAAGUCCGGCUUGGAAUUGAUUUUGCCGAACAUUACAAGUCAUCAGCCUUGCAUGAACGAAAUAAGGCUCUGGUGAAGGAGUUGAGUACACCCCCUCCAGGGGCAAAAGACCUCUAUUUCCCAACACAGUAUUCUCAGUCCAUGUGGAGGCAGUUCACAUCUUGCCUGUGGAAGCAAUGGUGGUCUUAUUGGAGAUCUCCUGAUUAUAACCUUGUUAGAUACUUCUUCACUUUGGCUUGCGCACUCAUGGUAGGGACGAUUUUCUGGAAAGUAGGCACUAAAAGGGAUAGCAACACUGAUCUAAUUACAAUUAUUGGUGGAAUGUAUUCUGCUGUGAUGUUUGUUGGAAUUAAUAAUUGCUUCACGGUACAACCAAUCGUGUCAGUUGAAAGAACAGUGUUUUAUCGGGAAAGAGCUGCUGGAAUGUACUCUGAAUUACCAUAUGCCAUGUCACAGGUCAUUGUUGAGAUACCAUAUGUAUUUCUUCAAACCACAUAUUACACAGUUAUAGUGUAUGCCAUGGUGAGCUUUGAAUGGACAGCAGCUAAAUUCUUCUGGUUCUUCUACGUUGCCUUUUUUACCUUCCUCUACUUCACAUACUACGGGAUGAUGACUGUUUCCGUCACACCAAAUCACCAAGUAGCGGCCAUCUUUUCAUCUGCUUUCUAUGCACUCUUCAAUCUGUUCUCUGGGUUCUUCAUCCCCAAACCGAGCAUUCCCAAGUGGUGGAUAUGGUAUUACUGGAUUUGCCCGCUGGCAUGGACAGUUUAUGGAUUGAUUGUGCCACAAUAUGGUGAUAUUGAAAAAACCAUUGAAGUACCGGGAAUGUCUUAUAGACCCUCCAUUAAAUGGUAUGUGGAAAACCAUUUUGGAUAUGAUCCGAGUUUCAUGGGGCCAGUUGCUGGAGUGUUGUUGGGUUUCACAGUCUUCUUCGCAUUUAUGUAUGCCUACUGCAUUAAGAAGUUGAACUUCCAAAUCAGAUAGAGGAUAUAUAUCUUAAUUAUAGUUAAAACUGACUUGUGAAUAUGUCUUCGAAACCAUCUCAGAUUUGAAAAUGAUGGCCAAAUGUAUGAUAGUGGGUUGUAUUUAUAGAGUAAGGAUGAUAUUUCAGUUUUGCAAGUUAAAUAUACACCACUAAUCAGUGGAUUGCAUACACUGUAAUAAGGGAUCUAAUUAACCAUGGGUUAUAUCUGUAUGUUGAGUUCAUAUUUGUGACUCAAGAAUCAUAGCAGCUUGUGAC